CACUCCUCUGCUCCCUCCUUUUCCAAGACGGAUAUUCAUCGCCGGCUGGUGGAGGCCUUUGAGCAGCGCAGCAUUGGUCGCGGGCGCCACGGUAUCCGCCCCGAGGAGGUCGCCGCCAUGUCCGCUGCCCCCUCCCCGCCCGCCACCACCGGGUCCGCCCCCUCCCCGGCCCCCUGCUGCGUCACUACUGGUGGUGGGGCGCUGGCGGUGGCGGCAGCAGCAGCGGCGGCUGGUGACAUGCAGCAGCAGCCGCAGCAGCAAGAAGCAGCGGAGGAGGAGGGCAGUGGCGGGGCGGUGGGGGAUGACAAGUGGGGAG